CUCGUAACUGCUGCCUGUUCUAGAACAGACAUAUUGGUCACAUAAUCUGACCAGCGAAUAUCCAUAAAUAUAGAUAAGAAAAUCUGACAUAACUUAGGCAAAGACUACGUCUUACUGUGCUUUCAGGUCUCAUGUCUGACAUUACAAAAGUGUACAACAGAACUGUACAUUUGCAACAAGUCAUGCUGCAAACAUGAGAGUCAACUUUAUUUUGCGAUUCUGGUUAGAGGAUGAAAACCCCCCCACACUUGAUGCAACAUAUUCGCUUCUCCCGCAGAUUAAUCACUCUUACAUGGCCAACAGAGCUGGUCCAUGUAGAAAGGUGUAUAUAGAGCAAUAUGCUUGAUGACAAAGCCAGAGCUGCAUUUGAAAAAUAAAAAAGAUAAAAGCAGGGAAGAAUGAAGUUUAAAAGACUGAGAUGGAUCACUAACUCCUUGCUUGUUCUGUGAACCUGAACCAGCUUGACAUGGUUUUGUCCCAAGGGUCUUUACACUAUUUGAGCCAAAGGAGUUUCUACAACUCUGUAAUAACCUGCACCACUGCUCAGCUCUCUUGCCAUUAUAUUACACUGAGAUUAGGUUGUGCCCAGGCUAACUUAUUAUUUAGCUCUGAAUGAAACAGAGGGCAACAGAACAUCAUAAGCUUCUACUGAUCAGAAGUUCAAUACAUUUCCCAUUUCCCCUUUCUAAAUUAACAACACAAACUCCUACAAUUCUUCUGCACCAGUCAUAGUUAGAUGCUCUAUGAUUCAGAAGUGAAACAAAGUCAUGAUGCUGCUGGGCAGUUUUUGCCAUGCAGCUACUUACAUAUUCUUCCAUGUCAUUAAAGAUGUCAAAGAAAAUUCUCAAGAACCACCUAAAAUGGUAACAAUGGAUCCAGAAAGAUCUCUUGAAUUAAGUCAGGAUGGAACGAGGCAGGGAGGAAGAGUGCAUUCUUCCUAUUUUCCCCAUCUAUACAUUUCUCUUUGGGAAAAAGUAGACAACAGGAACAAAAUUUUCUACUCAGAUCACUAUUAGUUCAAUUCACAUAUGAAUUAGAGAUAUGAAUGAGUGACCUACCUACAUAAAACAUCUCAAAAGUAAGAGUGUAUGGAUUAGGCUAUAUAAACAGCACAUCUGAAUCCAAGCUACAUUUUUCUAAUCAAUAAUAAUUGUUUACUGUUCAAAACAGCUUGAAAUAGUGUUAGAUAUAUUAUUCUUCCAAUAAUGCUUUAUUAUACUAUCACUUUCUAAUUGAAAUUGUGAAAAGGCUCUAUUUAAAAAAGUAUAGGUAUCUGGAAGGAAAUUAAUACUAAAGAGUUUCAUUCUAUUCCUGUGAAUCUGAAACUCUGAAGGAAAGAAAUUUGAAUCUACAAAUUCAUUCUACAUUUCACAUUUAUUCUUCCACAUUUUGAAACAAGAAAUGUUGGGGGGUGGGAAGCUAUGUUCUUUUUGUGAUUUUCUAUUUCUGGUCAUUUAGGCAUUGCUUGUCAGUUAGGUCUACAGAGUUUCAAAAUGGUUUAUAAUUUCUAUCUGUAUAUGGGUUACAAUUUCUAUCUGUAUUGUUGUUCUUGUAUUUUAUUCCUCCUGAAAAACAGGUGCAUCUUCUGCUCACUAUGUCAUGUUUUUUUCUCUUGGGAGAGUAGGUGGUUCUCACAAAUAUAAAAACUGCUAAGCUCUAUAAGACAGAAAGAAAUUCAGCAUUAAAAAAAUCCAGUAGCCAAAGUGCAGCAAAAUGUAAUGCUGCACUCUGCUAAAAUAACCUCCUUUCUUCUCCUGACACUUCUAUCGAGUACAUGAUGACAAUGUCUGUACAUUUCCCCUCAAGUUACAACAACAGUAUUUCCUAAACUUGGCUGAACAUCUUAGAAAGGAAGGCAACUUUUAACCCCCCGGUAUUCAUUUCAUUAGAUUCAAGUCUGAUACUAAAAUAUCAAUUUAAAAAAGAACUCAAAAUUGGUAGCAGCUAAUUUUAAUUCCCCUACAACCAUCAUGGCCUAAAAAGGUUUAGCAACCUGAAACAAACUACACACAAAAGGAUCUCGUGACAUAGGAGGAUGACUAGUUAUGUAUUCAAAAGUCAAAUACAAAUAAAAUGAAGAAAGACAUACUCAUUUUUGUACAAGCUGGCAUUUCAUCUAUAAAAGACAUCUGUCACUUACGUAUGGCACAACCCUCAGCAUAACAGGGAGAGCAUUAUUAAGUGCUGUAGAGCAAAUAUGAAGCUCAAAGAUAGGUCAGAAAGGGACAGGGACUUUAAGGGAACUUCAUUUCAUCAACACCAAUUCUCUGCAAUAUCUGCAAAAUGCAGGCUCCAAAAAGGUUUCCUAGAACAGUGCAAAAAAACCAAACAGUGCAUCCAUCAAAAAUUGUUUCACGCUGUCUUCAGUUGGGGGUCAACCAAAAUACUGUAAUUAUUAUCAUCUAUUUGUGUGUCUUCUCCUCAUAUUCACAGAAGCACUCAAUUCCUUCUUGAGAAAAAAAUGUUUUUAAAAACUGUGGCAGUCAGACCUACAAUGGACAAGUGAGCACUGGCACUUCCCCCUUUGUUACAGCGGCAACCAGCAGGUUUGAGACAUCCUCAAUACUCAACAAAGACCAGAUUUUCAGGAGAGCUCAGGUGUCUCACUCAAGCAUCAUUAAGUCUGUGCAUUGGCUAAUCGAGUGCGAGAAAAAGAUAAAAAAGAAAUAAAAAAAGAGGCUCUAACUCCCUCUAUUCUUUACCAUUUUCUUCAGGAUUGGCCUCAAAGUCAAAACCUCAGGAAAUACUUUUCAACUCUUUGGCUUAUAUACCACUGUGCCAAGAGAUCUUCAAGACCUCUCACUUGUGUGUUUUGUUCUCUGCAUCACCACUCCCUUCUCAUUGUAUUCCCACCCAUGUGCAGAAAUCAUUAGCCCCUUGCCUUCCAUCACAGCACUUAAAUGAGUGAAUCUUCCAGUGGAUUCAACACUUAAGGGCUUCCAUGGGGGAAAAUGAGGUGUUUAGCUUUUCAGUUCCUUUGGAGCUGUGGCCUUCAGCACUUCUUGGUAAGACUUCUAAAGCAAACAAAAGGAAAAAAAAAAAAAAAAAAAGAGAGAGACUUCUUACUUCCCCACUCUUUUGCUGUCUUGCAGCCCAUGGGAUCAGAGAGGACGGAGAUGCGCAAACGGCAGAUGUCUACAACCCAGGACACCCCAAGUGCUGCACAGGCUCAGCUCAGCACAGGAAAUCGAGGGUCCAAUGCCUGCUGCUUUUGUUGGUGUUGUUGCUGCAGCUGCUCAUGCCUUACUGUUAGAAAUCAAGAUGAAGAGAGAGCAAGGACAACAUCUCAUGAACUACAAGCAGAGGGUAUUCCAAACUGCGAGGAAAGCCCUGCUCCUACUCUUGAAGAAGUAAAUGCCUGGGCUCAGUCAUUUGACAAGUUGAUGCUUACACCAGCUGGCAGAAAUGCUUUUCGUGAAUUCCUAAGAACAGAAUUCAGCGAGGAAAACAUGCUUUUCUGGAUGGCUUGUGAGGAACUAAAGCAAGAAUCCAACAAAAGUGUCAUUGAAGAAAAAGCAAGACUAAUUUAUGAAGAUUAUAUUUCUAUCCUUUCUCCAAAAGAGGUCAGCCUGGACUCCAGAGUAAGAGAAGUGAUUAACCGAAAUAUGCUGGAACCCUCACAACACACCUUUGAUGACGCACAGCUUCAAAUCUAUACCUUAAUGCACAGAGACUCUUACCCACGGUUUAUGAACUCUGCUAUUUAUAAGGACUUGCUUCGGUCCUUAUCUGAAAAACCCGCUGAAGCAUAGAAUUUAUUCUUAAAUGUAUUUGUUUUAAAACAAAUGGAACUCUGGGCUACACAAAUCCACAGGGAAUUUAGAAUUAAUCAGAUAUCCACCUGAAAAUAACUCAGGCAAGUUUUACUACAGACUGAAUUAUUUAAAUCCGCACUGACAGGCUCUGUCACAAUCAGCAAAAUAUGGUUUCUGAUCAAAUUCAGUGUUAUUUUCCAAAAGGGAAUGAACACAAUGAAGAGAAAAUGUUGUUCAAAAAUGCAGUAUUUUUUCAAACACAGCACACAACUCGGAAGCAAAAUUGUUACAAUAUGUGUCUGAGGUACAAACGCCAACUGAGCAUGAAAACUAAAAUUAAUUUUUAGUGGAGUGUUAGAAUUGUCUUGAAAACCAAAUCAGUUGUCCCAUCCACACUGUGACCCAAGUUAAAAAUAUUACUGUCGAUACUGUGGUACUUACUCCAGGUAAUGCCAUCAUACCUGGCAUAGGUACACUCCACUUGUUUUGGUACCAAUAAUAUGUACAUGGUGUGCUAACGGAAAUCAGCACAGCAAUCUCAAGUUUACAAAAGUUGCUGGUUGAAAUAAUGCUGCCUAUAAAAAAAAAAAUCUUUUGCUGAAGAGUUAUUAUUUUACUACUAAAAUCUGCUGAAAGCAUUAAGUUCCUAUUGUUGAUGUUUAUAAAGUUAAAUUAUUUACUUCAGAGGAAGACGUGUCUGGGCAUUCAAAUUCCAAAAUAAAGCACAAGAAUUGUCACAUAUUCUUCUUUUCCCUCAGUAGGUAUAUGUAAAAUCCUUCACUACUCACUCCCAAGAGGAUGGCAGUAUCAGCCAUCUUGGUUUUGUACAUAUUAAACUCCCCCAUUACCUGACAGAUCUUGUAAGGUUUCUAUUACAGACACACACACAAUUUAAUUAAUAAAAGCAGGAAGCUUGAACUAUUGUGUUCUGACACAGCACUAUUUCAGACUGUCUGACAGCACCAGCUCUAUCCAGUAAUAAACCAUGUUCAUUUACUGGUA